AUGCCCCGAACAUAUCCCCUUACACCCCCCGCAACUCCAAUAGCACUAUGCCCCAAUAACCUCCUCUCUCCACCCCCAGACCGCCUCAUUGACGCCCCAACCACUCUCUCCAUCACGCGCGAAACCCCAGGCCGAGCGUUUACUGUCCAUCUCAUCCGCGCGCACGAGCCUCUUGAUAGUCCCGACCGAUACACGUUGCUCUUCACCGUAUCGGGGAAGCCAUGGCCCACGCAACACCGUCAGAUAUGUGAUGCAGCCGGGGUGCCAGUACUGGAGCUUAGACGGGUUUGGAUGGGAUCUCGAAGAUGGGCUGUACGGGACUUACUCGAGGCUUCCAUGCCUUGGUCUGGGGGUGGCAGUGGGAGUGGGAGUGGAAGUACCGGAUUCAAGUUGGAUGUGAAGUUAUGGAAUGUACUUGGGGCUGGGGAUUCCGAUACUGGAUCACGAGUCCAUUCAUCGGAUCCUAUACCGGAGCCUGUGUUUAAUUCAGAGACUGGAUCUCGACGCGGUGUGGGUGAUGAGCCGCCGCCUUAUGCGUCUGUUGCUGGCGAUGAAGAGGAAUAUCAAGACGAGGAGGCUGAGAUCUGGAGAAACGAGAAAAGGAGCCCAUUCCCUACCUCAGAGGACCAAUUCAGCCCGGAACCAACAAGGCGUGAAAGGGACCAAGACUCGCACAUUGUCCUUCCCUCCUACGCGUCGGUCCGCAGAAACUCGUCAAACUCGAUACGAGAUCUCCUGGAUGCGAUAGAGCCGCCGAACGAGCCAGCCCCAGCUCCAUCUUCGUCUUCCUUGCAGACUCCAACUUUGCUCUCGGCUGGCAUUUCAUCCGGGUCCAAAGUCGACCUCCAAGUGAUGCAGCUCACUGCAUCCGGUAUCGGUGUCAUGAUGGCGGAUCAAAAGAUCAUCCAUAUAGCCAGGCAUAACGUUAUAGACUAUGGAAGGUCUGGAAUCAAGUCCAAAUGGGAGGCUGAGGUUGCGGAAGGAGUCGAUUUACUGCUGGCGGUAAAUAUUGUAUUGAUCAUGGCGAGCUCGGCAUAA